GAGCCUCGGGGAUGUGCUUGAGGAUCCUACGGAGAGGACGAAGAGAGGGCGCGAGCGACAAGCUGUGCAUGCAUACGCGUGGGGUCUUGCUAUCCAGUUGGCCGCUGAUCGGCGCUGGAAAUUACAAGAGGAUCAGCGUGUGAAGGCUCUUCAGCAUUGGCGCCGCCAGAUGCAAGGCAUCUCGCAGGCCUGCAAGUGGCUUUGCAAGGAAGAAGCCGCGCCAAACGCCGUCAGAGAUGCAGACCCACGGGCUCCCUCCCAUCACUUGCUGCAAGCUGCCAGAAAGAUGCGGAAACAAGUUGCAGGCCUAGAUGGUAUUAGCCCAUCACGGCUGGUGCUGCCCCUAGAAGCUCAUGCCAGGCUGGCCCAAAUGCUGGCUGCCUUUGAACAGCAAGCGCCAUGGCCCGAAUCCGUGUGUCAUUGGAAAAUUGUCACCUUCCCUAAGCAAAGGAAAGGUGUCUUGCCCACACUUGAAGAAGUGAGACCGAGUGCCAUAGGCUUUGCAAUAUACCGCUUGUGGGGUCGCAUCCGCCUGCGCCACUUGGCAGCCACACUGGCCCAAGGUUGCAUCCAAGCAGGAGGCAUAGGUGGCGAAGAUGUCUCCUCACUGUUGCUUCCCAUGGGUGUUGGGCUAGACAGCGCUUCAUACCCUUGCCUCAUGGCACUGGACUUUCAACCUGUUAAGCGCGCAGUGGAGCAAUCAGCGCAGCUGAUGACCUUUGCAGGUUCUUGUGGCGUCUCACUUGGCAUCGUGCCUACAGCUCCAACCAGCCAUGCUCCUGACGUUCUGUUUUACAUGAGUCAGCGCCUGUCAGUGCCAGUGCUGUCACCAAGUGACGUUUUCGUUCAGAUUUGGGGGUUCAGUUUUAUAGGCGCAGCGCAACUUGCAGAGCAUGAUGAAAUUUCGGUCGGGGUGACUGUGCCGUUGCUCGGAGCCACCACUG